AUGGCCGCCCCGCCACGCCGCGCGCGGGCGGCGAUGUGGGGUCCGAGGCUCGUGGGCCCGCACAAGUGGCUGGGCGGGGCCGUGACCGAGGACGGCAGCACGCUGCUGGGGGUGCCCUCCAACUCGGACAGCGUGGUGCGCCUCCGGCUCGCCACCGGCGAGGUGGACCUGCUGGACGCCGCGGGCAGCUACCGGCAGCGCGGGCGGCCCACGAAGUUCAAGUGGCUCCGCGGCGUCCGCGCCGGCGACGGCUCGGUGUUCUGCAUACCCGCCUGCGCGGACUGCGUGCUCCGCAUCCUCCCGGACGGCAGCACGCAGGAGCUCGGGGCCGCCGUGCUGCCCAGGGGCGACUGGAAAUGGCACGGCGGCCAGCUCGGGCGAGACGGCAACAUCUACGCCAUCCCCGCCAACGCCGACCGCGUGCUGAUGAUCGAGCCCGAGAGCGGCGCGGUAAGCCUCAUCGGCCCAGAGCUGCAGAAGGGAGUGCGGAGCAAGUGGUACGGUGGCAUAGUGGCUCACGACGGCACCAUCUGGGGGAUACCCUUCAACGCCUCAUCCGUGCUGAAGGUGGACCCAGCCACCGGCGAGGUGCGCGAGAUAGGCGACUUUGGGCGCGGCGGCUGGAAGUGGCACGGAGGCGCCCGCUCUGGCGAGCACAUUGUCGGCAUCCCUUCGCACGCGCGGCGCGUGCUCAAGGUCACACCAGCAGCCGACAAGCACGACGGGCUCUACAAGUGGGGCGGCGGCGCGGUGGACUCGUCCGGGGCGGUCUGGGCCAUCCCCUCGGACGCCCGCUGCGCCCUGCGCAUAGACCCCGCGGCCGACGAGGUCCUCGCGGUCGGCGAGCUGUCCCCGUGGCGCAACAAGUGGCAGAACGGCGUCCUGGGCUUCGACGGCGACAUCUACUGCAUUCCUUGCGACGCGCCGCAGGUGCUCGUGAUCCACACGGCCACGCGCAGUCUGUCGCUGCUCGGGAACCUGCCGCUGCAGCCCAAGAAGUUCCAGGGCGGCGCGCUGGCCCCGGACGGCACCAUCUGGUGCCUGCCGGAGUGCGGCGAGAACGUCCUGCGCAUCGACCCCCGCGACCCGAGCGUGCCGGCGCAGGACGACGAGGGCCUGGAGCCCGUGAGCGCCGAGCACUGGGCCGCCUGGGAGCGGGCGUGGGACGGGGCCGGCAGGCUCUACGGCGCGGGCCGUGCCAAGAUGGACCUCGCGGCGGCGCUCCACGCCGCCGGCUGCGCGCCUGGCCCGGCGGCGGCGGCGGUUGGCGGCAGCGGCGAGGCUCUCAGGACGCAGCGGGAGUGCCAGUGCACGCUCGCCUGA